GUCGGGAUGGAGGACCUAGCCAGCAUGGAGCCUUAGGUGGGAUGAGGGUGAAAUUGUCGUUGCCGGCUGCUCCCGUCUUCCUGCCCCAACAUGUUGGUGCAUCUAUUUCGGGUUGCGAUACGGAGGGGCCCUGUCCCAGGCAGGUCGCCGCUAUCCCUCCGCUUCCAGACAUUUUCGGCCGCCAGGUCCCCAGAUGGUCACCUCAGCUCAUCCCUCCUCAGAGCCAUAGCCCAGCUUCGGUCACAGCUCCGGGCCUACCUCCCUCGAGCCUCGCCAGCUCCCAGCCGGAGCCCGUCGGCCUGGUGCUGGGUUGGGGGGGCGCUGCUGGGCCCUGCGGUGCUAUGUAAGGGUCCCCACCUCUGCCUUGUGGCACUGUGUAAGGCAGAAGAGGCCCCGCCUGCCUGCUCUGCACCCUGUGUGGUGGAGUCUCGAUUUAACUGGAAGCUCUUCUGGCACUUUCUGCGACCCCACCUGCUGCUCCUGGGGGCAGCCAUUGUGCUGGCGUUGGGCGCGGCCCUGGUGAAUGUACAGAUCCCCUUGCUCCUGGGCCAGCUGGUAGAGAUCGUGGCCAAGUACACGAGGGAACACAUGGGGAGCUUCAUGUCUGAGUCCCGGCGUGUCAGCACCCACCUGCUCCUCCUUUAUGGCAUCCAGGGACUGCUGACCUUCGGGUACCUGGUACUGCUGUCUCACAUCGGCGAGCGCAUGGCUGUGGACAUGCGGAAGGCCUUGUUCAACAAUCUGCUCCGACAAGACAUUGCUUUCUUUGAUGCCAAAAAGACAGGGCAGCUGGUGAGCCGUUUGACCACUGAUGUUCAGGAGUUUAAGUCAUCCUUCAAGCUGGUCAUCUCCCAGGGGCUUCGUAGCUGCACCCAGGUGGCCGGCUGCCUGGUGUCCCUGUCCAUGCUGUCCCCACGCCUCACACUGCUGCUGGCCAUCACGACGCCCAUCCUGAUGGGAGUCGGCACUCUGAUGGGCUCCAGUCUCCGCAGAUUGUCCCGCCAGUGUCAGGAGCAGAUUGCCAGGGCCACGGGCGUAGCAGAUGAGGCUCUGGGCAACGUUCGGACUGUGCGGGCAUUCGCCAUGGAGCAACGGGAAGAGGAACGCUAUGGAGCUGAGCUGGAGGACUGCCGCUGCAAAGCAGAGGAGCUGGGCAGGGGCAUCGCCGCGUUCCAAGGGCUUUCCAACAUUGCGUUCAACUGCAUGGUCCUAGGCACGCUGUUCAUUGGGGGCUCUCUCGUGGCUGGACAGCAGCUGACAGGGGGAGACCUUAUGUCCUUCCUGGUGGCCUCCCAGACUGUGCAGAGGUCCAUGGCCAGCCUCUCUGUACUGUUUGGGCAGGUGGUACGUGGGCUCAGCGCAGGUGCCCGUGUGUUUGAAUACAUGGCCCUGAGUCCCUGCAUCCCUCUGUCGGGGGGCUCCUGCAUCCCCAGCACGCAGCUGCGCGGCGCAGUCACCUUUGAGAACGUCAGCUUCAGUUACCCCUGCCGUCCCGGCUUUGAGGUGCUCACGGACUUCACCCUGACACUGCCCCCUGGCAAGAUUGUGGCCCUGGUGGGCCAAUCUGGAGGAGGAAAGACCACAGUGGCUUCCCUGCUGGAACGCUUCUACGACCCCACAGCCGGUGUGGUGACGCUGGACGGGUAUGACCUACGCACCCUCGACCCCUCCUGGCUCCGGGGCCAGGUUGUUGGCUUCAUCAGCCAGGAGCCAGUCCUGUUUGGAACGACCAUCAUGGAGAACAUCCGCUUCGGGAAAGUGGAUGCGUCGGAUGAGGAGGUGUACGCAGCUGCACGAGAAGCCAAUGCCCACGAGUUCAUCAGCAGCUUCCCCGAGGGCUACAACACUAUUGUGGGCGAGCGGGGUGCAACCCUUUCUGGUGGCCAGAAGCAGCGCCUGGCCAUCGCCCGUGCCCUCAUCAAGCAGCCCACGGUGCUGAUCCUGGACGAGGCCACCAGUGCCCUGGAUGCGGAGUCAGAGCAGGUGGUGCAGGAGGCCCUGGACAGGGCCAGCGCUGGCCGCACUGUGCUGGUUAUUGCCCACCGGCUCAGCACCGUCCGUGCAGCACACCACAUCAUCGUCAUGGCCAAGGGCCAGGUUUGGGAGGCCGGAACCCAUGAAGAACUCGUGAAGAAAGGCGGGCUCUACGCAGAGCUCAUCCGGAGGCAGGCCCUGGAUGCCCCACCGACUGCCACUGCACAUCAGGAGAAACGAGAAAGUCCCAGGAACGGCCAGCACAGACCUUGAGAGUCACCGUCUGAGGUUCAGUCUUACUGCCAAGCGUUAGCUGGGGCUCAGCUUGGGAGCUGGCCAGCAUACUGGGGUGUGGCCACCACCGCUGCUCCUCUGCUCACAAUAAAACACGGCCCAGCAACUGGGCUGGGAGGUGGACCUCCCCACCCUGCUGCCUGCCA